AGGGACAGAUACCCCGAUGAGGACCAGACAGGGGGGAUCAGAUUCCUGCUGCAGUUCCUUCCUUUUGUUGUUUUUCUAUAAUCUCUACAUCCAGUCUWGACUCGGACUCUCCUGAACUUGUCUGCGGGAACAUAACGGUGAAAUCUCCGCCCUGGUUUCUGAGUGAAAAAACUGUUUUUCCAGAUAACAUGCUUUGUUUUUAUUAACCAGGGGAUCAAGGUCUAUUUGGCAAAAGCCUCCCGGAUGGAUCAGGAUGGAUGAAUUCAGUUUAAGACACAGAUGAGACUUUUUUUUCCUGCACUUCAUUUUGUUUAUUCCUUUAKUGGGAAAUGAAUCAUGAUCAGGAGGACCGGUCUGUGAACCCGUCCGGUGCGCAGGAGGGGGACGGGACGGCUCGCCUCUGUGACUCCUCCAGCAGCACCUCGGGCCUCCAGCCACCUGCUUACUGUAAACUGGAGUUCAGGAGAAACUCGGUCACGGAUGACUAUAAAAUAACAGCUCAGGUUCUUGGUCUGGGUAUUAAUGGRAAAGUGCUGGAGUGUUAUUGCAAAAAAACUGGGGAGAAAUGUGCCCUGAAGAUUCUGUAUGAUACCCCUAAAGCCAGACGAGAGGUGGAGCUGCACUGGCGAGCGUCUGGAGGCCCCCACAUCGUACGAAUACUCAGCCUGUAUGAGAACAUGCACCAUGGGAAGAAAUGUCUGCUUAUUGUGAUGGAGUGCAUGGAGGGAGGGGAGCUGUUCAGUCGUAUCCAGGCCAGAGGGGACCAGGCCUUCACGGAGAGAGAGGUGUCGGAGAUCAUGCGUGACAUCGGCACGGCCAUAGAAUACCUCCACAACGUGGACAUCGCUCACAGAGAUGUGAAGCCUGAAAACCUGCUCUACACAACCAAGGACAGUAACGCCACUUUAAAACUGACUGACUUUGGCUUUGCAAAGGAGACAGUAACUCACAAUUCCCUUCAAACCCCCUGCUACACUCCUUAUUAUGUUGCACCAGAGGUUCUUGGGCCAGAGAAAUAUGACAAGUCAUGUGACAUGUGGUCUUUGGGGGUUAUCAUGUACAUUUUACUCUGUGGUUUUCCUCCUUUCUAUUCGAACACGGGUCAGGCUAUCUCUCCAGGCAUGAAGCAGAGGAUCAGACUGGGCCAGUAUGAGUUUCCCAACCCCGAGUGGGUCGACGUUUCAGGAGAAGCCAAACAACUUAUCAUUCAGUUAUUGAAGACAGACCCCAGUGAGAGAAUGACCAUUGGACAGUUCAUGAACUAUCCUUGGAUUAGUCAGUCGAUGGUGGUCCCCCCGACCCCACUGCACACCUCUCGUGUUUUGACAGAAGACAUGGAGCUGUGGGAUGAUGUCAAGGAGGAAAUGACCAGCGCUCUGGCCACCAUGCGGGUGGACUAYGACCAGGUGAGGAUCAAGGACCUGGACACGUCCAACAACCCUCUGCUGAACAAGAGACGCAAGAGGCCGGGGCCUACAGACACCGAGAGAGGAGAAGGGGAUGGAAGCAUGGAGGCAGGCUGUCAAAGACAAGCUGAACUUUCUGAAGAAAAUGGGAAAAUAAUUUCAGCACARAAGUAGUGUCCAAGUAGAGAAAAUCUUUGUCCGUCCACAUACCGCGUAAUCUGUUUCCUCUUUGUGUCAAUGCACUCAAUAAUAAUAAAAAAUGACAUUUAUAUUUUAACACUUAACAAUUCAAAUAAAUUUUUUAAUCCAUUA